AUGAGACAUGAGCAGGUGUGUGUUGGGACGGGGCUGGACUCACUGAGGAAAACUCUCUCCAGGUUCAGAUGCCCUGACUCUGGGACCUUCCACUGCUCUUCCACCGGAUUGGUGUUUGUGGUGACGAAGGAGGCGGAGCUUCAGUACAGAAUCGUCCAAUGGGAUGAGGCGCUGUUGGAGUCGUCGGGCAGAACUCCUGCAGGACCUCUGUAUGACAUCGAGUGUCCAGAGCAAGCUGUGUGUGAACUGCACCUGCCGCACUGUGAACCAGAGCACGCAAAACUCUCUCAAAGCCAGUUGAAGGUGGUGCACUUCUCUGGCAGUGACACAGAAUUCAUCCAACCACUACAGAUCUCAAAGAGCCAUGUGGUCAUCAAAGUGUCCAAGCUGUCCCAAUAUGGACUCACAAAUCCCUUUAGGAAAAAAAAACACAUCAGUGGACAGGUCCUGCUCUUCCGCACACCAAAAGAAAAUUGGAAAGAUAUUAAACUGAACAUGUUUCUCCUGCCCAGAAACAUCCCUGUGGACACGGUGUCAUGCAGACAGACCUGCACCAAACACUACAUUAACGCUCCUGCCGCAUGUGAACUGGUCACAGACCAAUUCUACAGAGCACUCUGCUCCAAAACACAGAGGAUCCAGCCUGAGAGGGCGCUCUUCGAUAUGGACUAUGAACCCAACUACCACCCAUCCUUUGAGCUGCGCCUGCCGCUGGACAGUGAUUUAGUCUCCAUCUCAGUGAGAGAGGAGGGCACGAGAAAGAAGACAAAGCACACAGAGGUCUGGAGUCACGAGCUGGAUCUGACAGAUCCUCUUUGUGAGAUCCCCAUGACUUAUCACGGAGAGUUAGUCUUGGAAAAACUGGAGUUAGUUCGUCCCAAAUUUGUUCAAAAUGUGACUGGUCCUAUCCUUGAUCAGCUGCUGGACAAACUCCUUGAAGAAAAGUACCUGAACUAUGAGGAAAUGGAGACGAUUAAAGUGAAACCUCGAGCUGACAAGGCCCGAGAUGUGGUGGACUCGGUCAUAAAGAAGGGGUCCAGAGCGGCUGAAUAUUUGAUGAAAGAGUACUGCAAAAAGGAUCCUAAAUCAGAGCUCUGCAAAGAACUGCAGGAGUUUAUGAAAUCAAACUCUCAGGUGACAUCAGUGGCUGCUGGUGAAUAAAGGACGUGGGCACAAACGAUUUAACAUUAAAAUCUGAGAUAGUUCAGCUUUCUUAAUUUUCUGUCGGUUCUGCCCCCCUGGAAGAGGUUUGAUACUUUUACUGUAAGCUAUGGUGACCAAACGUCCGUUUUUCCCUGGACAUGUCCAUUUUUUGCGUCCUGUCCUCGCCGUCCGGGUGUUUUUUAAUAAAGUGAUGGAAAUGUCCAGGUUUUCUUUAUCUUUCAUUGGGCCUUUAAAUUGACCGGCACUGCACUAGGGCACUGUGCACACAUGUCUGAGCACCUUCAGUGUGGUAGCGCUAUGUAUAUUCAGAAAGAGCGAGCAAAAUGUGUGUGUAUAUUUGUUAAUUUUUACUGCUACAGAUCUGCUCUGUUGAAGUUUCGUUGUAUUUCAUACAAUGACAAUAAAUAAAUCUAUCUAUCUAAAUGCCGAAGUGCAGAUGCGCAUUUAACAAUGACUUGGAAAAGAAAUUCCCCGCCUUCCGUCCCGGUUGAGACAAGUAGGAGGCCCUGUGUACAGUAUGCAAAGCAGGCACAUAUGUCUCGGUGUCAAGUGGAGGUGCCAGGGAGCUCAAAGCUCACCAGGACACCGAAAAACAUAAAAAAGCUUUGCGAGGUGAGAGUAGCGUAAUGUCUAUGACGGAGUUCUUAAUGAGACCUGGUAAAUCUGAGGAUGUUGUGAAUGCAGCGGAGGGUGCGCUGUCAUUUCAUACUGUCAAACACCACCACAGUUACAGGUCCAUGGAUUGCUGUAGUAGAUUGCUAAAAGGGGCAUUCCCUGAUUCUGACACCGCCAAAAAGUAUGGUUGUGCCCGCACUAAGACCGAGGCUAUUGUGAAUGGUGUUUUGGCUCCCCACUCUGCUGAAGUCACAUAUGAAGAACUGAAGGAAAUCCAAUACUGUGGUAUUAGUACAGACGGGAGUCCCCACGGAGCAGUGAAAAUAUUCCCAAUCAUUAUCCAGUACUUUGAUUGGAAGAAGGGCGGUGUGCAAACAAAAUUAAUUGAGGUGAAAGACACACCUAAUGAAACAGCAAACACCACUGCAAAUUAUCUCACUGAAACAUUGGCAAAAAACUGUUUAUCUUCAAAAUUCAUCGCAUUUACUGGAGACAAUUGCAACACAAAUUUCGGUGGAAUGUGAUGUGAUGAAGGGGGAAACAAUGUGUUUGCAAAUUUGAAGAGGUUGCUUCAGAACAAAACUCUUAAUUGGGGUGGGUUGCCCAGCACACAUAUUGAACAAUUGUGUUUAUCAUGGGACCGACGCAAUUGAUGUUGACCUUGAGAACAUCAUGUUUUAAAUCUACCAGUACUUCCACAUUUACACGGUGCGCACUGAGUCCCUUAAAGAGUACUGUGAUUUUGUUGAGUACAGGAGGAUGCUUUCUCACAGCAGGCUCUUUCCAGGCACUGAGAGGAUGCUUCAGAUGUAUCCUGCUUUAAAGGCAUUCUUCAUGUCUCAGCAAAAGUCACCCAAGGCAAUCAAGAAGUUUUUUGACAACAAAUUCAGUGAGAUCUGCUUGUGGCACAUGCACUCACUCAUGUCUGUGUUCCACAACCACAUUCAACAAAUGGAAAAGGAGAACAAUUCCAUCAUGGAGGUGAAGAAAAUUUUGAACAGCAUCCACAACAUUCUUCUUGAGCAUAAGAGCAACAAUUUCAUGUCCCUUAAAGUUAAGGGACUACUGGCAGAAAAUCACAGAGAUGGACUUGGUGAGGGCUGUGACAAGUUCAGUGCUGAUGUGCUUGAAAUGUGCAUGUCUGGAGUAUCUGGAGAAGUGGAUGACUCCCAUGGAAGAGUUCUCAACAUUUAUGUGGAUGGAUAUGAGUGAGCCACCAGACUGGAAUGAUGUGGAGGCCUGCAUCAAGUACCUUAGAGAGAAGGGGGUGCAAAUUGAUGAUGUUAAGUGUUUUGACCAGGUUGCCAAUAUUAAGAAAUUCAUAAAAAACCGCAAUGGUGAUGAUGAGUUCAUGAGCCUGCAGGUGCACCAGAAGUGGACCAAAUACUUUGAGAAGGCCAAAAGCAUUGCAUGUUACUCAGAAUUGCUGAAAAUUGCACAGUUUGUCUUAGCACUUCCCUCUCACAGUGCAAAUGUUGAGAGAGUUUUCUCACUGAUGCAGAGCCAGUGGACAAAGGAGAAAAACCAGCUCUCUGUUGAGUCAUUGAAGGGCAUUCUUUUUGUGCAAUACAACUUCAGAGAUAUGUCUUGCAAACAGUUUCAUUCUUAUUUGUUAAGCAACAAAAAACUGCUGGGAAAGAUCAGCUCUACAGCAAAAUAUCAAUGGGCAAAUAAGGAGGAUGAGGAAGAAACAGGAUGAAGAAGAAGAUGAGGAUUAAGCAAACCAAAGAUAGGCUAUAGAUAUUUUUGUUACUUUUGCAGACGUAUUGUUGUUAAAGUUGUAUUGUUAACAUAGGUUAUUUAUCUAUUUAAUUUAUUUUUUUUUUUUAAACAAAUGAGACAUUAUUUCUUUCAAUAUUCCAUUCAUUACAGAAAUUCUGAGGCAUCAUUGAGUAAUAUAAUUUUGAGUAUAAUUUAUAAUUAUACUGUUACAAUAUUGUUAUAUUUUUUCAUUUGUUACAGAAAGUUUAAAGCACCUUUGAGUAAACUUUGAGUAUAAUUUAUUUCAUGUUUGUCAUUAUUGACAGGCCUGACCCCCACCCCCGCUGAAGUGUCCUGGUUUUCACAAACAGAAAUAUGGUCACCCUACGAAGAGGCAGAAGC